GAAGGUAAGAAAAGAAAAGGGUGCUGUUUACGCCACACGUGAUGGGAGGUAAGAGGAGGUGGGCGGGUGUUGACAUGUAUUAAAGCAGGAGGGAGAGGAGAGGGGAGACAGAAGGACUGUGAGGAGGAGAGGAUGAGGGGCCGUCACCACAGAGAGGUGUGUGUCCUCCUUCCUAACAAAGAGCGGCUGUACAUCACCGUCGGGGUUAAAGCAAAAGGACAGGAGGUGUUCAGCCGUGUGUCUGACCUGCUGGGUGUGAAGGAGCUACACUUCUUUGGACUGAGUGUGCUUCAUGACUGUGAACACCUAUUCUUGGACCUGGAACAAAAGCUGACUAAGUAUCUAGGAAAGGAAAGGAAGCAAUUGAAGGAUCCUGUUCAGCUCUUCCUCAGAGUACAGUACUAUGUAGAGAGCGGUCGCAUGAUAUCGAGCAGCAAAGCCCUGACUCUUUACUACGCUGACCUGAGACAGAGGGUCCUCCAAUCGCACCAAGGCAUCGCACAUGAAGAUACCAUUUUCCGAUUGGCAGCUUAUGCUCUCCAGGUGGAAGUCGGGGACGUGAGCUCUCUGGAAGAGAGAGAUGACAAAAACAGACAGAAAAGAGGAGGAAGAGACAUGAAGGAUGAAGGAGUGGAGCUGAAAGAGGAACAAGAAUGCAGCCAUUACUUUCUUCCUGAGGAUUUCUUUCCUCCAUGGGUAAUAAGGCGUCGCGGGCGGGAAUACAUACUCCAGCACCUUCCAGGCCUUCACGCUGAUCUGAGGGGCUUUUCCAGACAAGACGCCACCCUCCUCUUUAUCAAGGAGGCCAGUGCACUCCAGGAUGUGUCUGUCGUUUGCUACAGGAUGAGCCAGAGUAAAAAGAAGAGGAAGUGCUGCAUUCUGCUCGGUGUCUCACUGAGAGGAAUGUUCAUUUACCAGGAGGUGGAUGGAAUCCAAACUCUGCUGCAUGAGCUCUCCUGGAAAAAUAUAGACAGAUUCACAUUCCAGGGACGCAGGUUGGAGCUGCAAGCAGUGGGGUUUCCCAAGCUGCUGUUCUACACCCCAUCAGCCUUCCACUCUGUUCACAUGCUCAGGCACCUGAGUGACUCACAUCGCCUCCACAUGAACACCAGGGCGUCGGCCGCUCUCAUACGCAAGCUAGAGGAGAGCCAUGUAAGUACGCUUCAUCACGAGGCCUACAUCUGCAACAGAGCAGCCCUCGGCCUCAAGUUAAGUCACGGCAGCAGAGGAAGUAAAUGUCUUGCGUCCCGUGAAGUAGUUCAGACCAGGAUGUGGACAGGAGACAUAGAGACCAUCUCUCUGAAAGAGAUUGAGAUCUGUGUGGACGAGCCAGUGGAGGUCUCUGUUGAUGACCCGGAAAACCUGAUGUGGUUGGCUGAACAGUCGGAGGGCGUGUCUGUCGAUGACCCAUAUGACCUGAUGUGGUUGGCUGAACAGUCGGAAGAGGUCUCUGUGGAUGGACCUUUGGUAAUGCCAGUAUCUCAUUGGGCAGAUGUUGCUAUGGAAAUGAAACCGGUUUUGAAGUUGAAGGCAUUGAAGGUGUGUCUGUGACUGGAGAAGACAAUUCUGGAAUUUCCCACAACACUGAAUGCAUGCAAUAUAAUAUCCACUGAAAUUUAACAUUGUAAUAUUGAAGUACGCCUACAUCAUGUAGGCUACGUGUUGUUAGGUAAUGAUAUACAAGGUAGUCAUUGUACACUUAAUGUAAGUGUUAACUAUCAGUGUUUGAUUGUGUGCAUUUAAAUGGAUAUUUACCAUGCUGUAUCACUUUGGCACUACAGAUAUAAAUGGAUGCUAGUCAAGUUUUGAAUUAUGUUGUGCUUUAUACCAUAGAGGUACAUUAUGAAUCUGUAAGGAUGAAAGUGUGAAUAACAAGUUGUGUUUACUAUGACAGUGCAGGCAAACUAAUGAGUCAUAGUAGCUAAUGCUCUUUUAAAGUUACUGUCCCAACCUAAUCAUGCCCUUAAAUAAAAUCCAUAAAAUAUUGCCAUUGUCAUCAUGGAUGACAUCACCUCACCUUCAACUUCAGAAUCUUGUGGGUGGGAUCACUCUCGUGUUGGUUUAUUUUGUCUGACGAGGGUUAGGGGAGGGGUAAGGGAACCACCAUAUAAAGGCGUUGGAGGUUUGCUCUUGCUUGCCUACCACCUUCCUGGAUGCUUGAGCUCCAUUACUUCAGUGUUGAAACACAGAAAGGGGAACGUGCGAGGGGAACGUCACAUCAAGUGUCAAACCAAUUCAACAGCAGAAGCACAUCUUGAAAGAAACGAUGAACCAAGAUUUUGUGAUAGCAUCGCUCUUUAUCUGUGUUGUGCCAGAUAUACGUAGUGAAGAGUGCCAGUAUAAAAUGAAGACAUUCAACAUGACAACCCAGUGUGAGUGCUUCAGUGUGAUGGGAGGAGAUGAGCCCCUCUGUGGGUCUGGGACACCACCUGGAGGGUGCCAUGUUCAGCAGAACACCCCUGAGAAGUUAUGCCUCAAGUGGCCUUCAGGUCAACAGUUGUCAUGUCUGGUGGGCGAUGAAGACAUCUUUGUCGAUUAUGAAUAUGGAGUGUGCGCCCAUGACCAAUCAACCAUUAGCUGUAGUAAGGAGUUCUCUGAAGAUGGGCCCCAGGAAAUAAAUCCUCCUACAGGAAGUACUAAAGCAGUCACAUCAGCUGCUGCACAUCAUCAGUUUGGUACCAAAAUAAUUGCUUUUGGGCUGGUUGGUGUAGCAUUGUACUAUUGAUGACAUGUCUUCCAUCAACUCAUCAGCCCUGACUGUCAUCAAAACACAGGACGUUUGGGCCCCCCUGCUGGAGCUGCUGCCCCUGCGACCCUAAACCUGUUUUACUAAUUUAAUUAAAUUAAUUAAAUUGUAUAAUAUAUACCAAUAUAAAAUAAAUCAAA